AUGCCCGAGACACCUCCCUCAUCCGGAAACGCCACCCGUGUCACCCGCUCUACCACGACCAGCACAGUCAAGAAAACCAUCACCGUCGACCUCUCUCUCGAAACGCUGGACCAAGCUACAAGCCGCGUGAUCAACACCGACCCCAACUUUAUCGACAAUCAGACUGUUUCGAAGAAGAAGAGCGAUAGAUCGAAGUGGGGUACUAUCACUUAUCACGCUAAUAAGGCUUGA